UCAGCUGCAGCCCAGCCACCACGCGCGGGCCACGGCUGUCUCCACUGCUGCUCACAUCUGGACAACCCCUCCGCUCCGGAAGCCAUGGCAAUGAGUUGGUGGAGGGACAACUUCUGGAUCAUCUUGGCUGUGGCCAUGAUCAUCACCUCCGUGGGCCUGGGCCUCAUUAUGUAUUGCAUCUGCAGGUGCCAGCUUGGACAAGGCAAGAAAUGGAAAAUUGCCAGGUCCUUGAAACAAAACCAAAGAGAUGAAGAAAAGAUGUAUGAGAAUGUUUUUAAUCAGUCACCAGUUCAGUUACCUCCUCUGCCACCCAGGGACUUGCCUUCUCUUGGAGACUCCACCCCACAGGAAACCCCAAGUCCACCACUACCCACGUACUCACUGGUGAAUCACCUAAGAAACAAGAAGACCAUUUCCAUCCCCAGCUACGUGGAGCCUGAGAACGACUAUGACGACAUAGAAAUCCCCGUGACUGCUGAAGACCACCAUGCAAACACAGUCAUUCCUUCAACCUCGAAAACCCAAGAGGGUUCGCUCGGCUUAUUUGGAAGCCAUUGAAAGGGGCUGAACAAACGGGGUCCUGAAAGCCGGUAGUGGCUUUGUGAAGCUUCGUGGAGUGAGACGGCACUUCCUGACCCUUAGAUGUGGAUGCUUCUAAGCAACCAGACAACCGUGACGAGCGGACAGACGCUGGCGCCUGGCCCUGAGGACUGAGGGCCCUUGCGUCCC